AUGAUUGCGUUUAUGAAAGGUGUAAAGACAGCUCGUAAUUUUAAAUAUGUAAGAGUAAAGUACCAUUCGGGAGUGGGGGUGUUCGGUCAUCGACCCCGGGAGGUGAAUGAAAGUGAUUUACCAGAAGAAGUUACAUCAAGGAGAUACGAAAACUGCCGCGCACAGCAACUGGUUAACGCUUAUCGCACAUACGGGCACCUUCGGGCGACUAUUGAUAAUGUUGAUUACAAACAACCGAACAGAAAUAUUAAAGAGCUGUCUUUAUCACGUUACGGACUAUCUUCUAACGAUCACGUAGAUUUGGGUCUAUUGUAUGGUCAUAGCGGAAAGCAGCCUGUCAAUAAGUUAGUGGAGCAAUUAGAAAAGUUAUACUGCGGCCCGAUCUCUUAUGAGUUUACAUACUUAGAAACAGAUGCUGAACGAGAAUGGUUUGCUCAACGAAUAGAAGACACACAAGAUGCGAUUUCAAAAGACCGUCAGCGCCAAAUCUUGAAGGAACUAUUGGAGACUCAGACAUGGGACAAAUUCCUCUCCACUAAAUAUCCCAGCGUGAAGAGAUAUUGUGGUGAAGGCGCUGAGUCUUUGUUGACUUUCUUUUCCACCCUCAUCCAACGGACAUGUUCUGAGGGAAUGGAAUAUGUUACCCUGUCAAUGGCACACAGGGGCAAAAUAAAUCUGCUGACGAGCCAAUUAAAAUGCCCGCCUGUCAAAAUCUUCCACAAGUUUAAUGGAAACCCGGAGUUUCCACUGGAGGCGAACGCUGCAUGUGAUAUUGCUACACAUUUAAGUGCUUCGGUGGACCUGGCAGUAGAAGGAAAAUCAGUGAAAUUUUCUAUGAUUAACAAUCCAUCACAUUUAGAGGCGGGAAAUCCCGUAUCAAUGGGAAAAGCACGAUCGAAACAGUUGAAAUUACUUGAAGGAGAUUACUCAGUUAACAAAACGUCACGAUUUGGGGACAAAGUCCUGAAUGUACAGGUACAUGGUGACGCUGCAUUUGCUGGUCAGGGUAUCAACCAAGAGAUGCUAAUGAUGUCUCAAGUUCCACACUUCCAUGUAGGCGGAUCAGUCCAUAUAGUCGUUAACAAUCAGAUCGGCUUCACAUUGCCAGCAGAACGUGGAAGAUCCAGCAAAUACGUCACGGACUUAGCUAAAGCCAUAUCAGUGCCCGUUAUUCACGUCAAUGGGGAUCAUCCAGAGCUGGUCGCGAGGGCCACGAACAUUGCUUUUGAAUAUCAAAGAAAAUUUCGCAAAGACGUGUUCAUUGACUACAACUGUUACCGACGAUGGGGACACAACGAAGUUGACGAUCCAACUUUUACAAACCCACUUAUUUACAAGCUUAUUCAUAGUAGAAAAUCUAUACCGGAUGUGUAUACAGAUAAGUUAAUAUCCGAAGGUGUAGUGUCUGAAGAAGACGUUAAAUUAAUUAACAGUGACUAUCAUAAGUUCUUACAGUCGCAGUACGAAAUUGCACAUAACUAUCAACCAGAAGUGACGUAUUAUCAAGAGCAGUGGUCCGGAAUGGGUGCGGCUCCAAAGGCUGUAGAAGUAUGGGACACGGGGGUCAACACUGAAUUACUGAAAACUGUAGCCAAAGCCUCUGUCAGUCUCCCUAGCGAAUUUAACAUUCAUCCUCAACUUGCGAAGACCCACGUCAAAAAUAGAUUGAGCAAGAUAACACAAGAAAAGGACGUUGACUGGUCAACGGCGGAGGCAAUGGCUUUUGGAUCUCUUUUAAUGGAAGGUCGUCACGUGCGCCUGAGCGGUGAGGACGUAGGUCGUGGAACCUUCUCUCAUAGACACGUGAUGCUUGUGGACCAGAAUACGGAGACCAUACACAUCCCACUCAACAACAUUGAUGAUCAGCAGAAGGGAUUUUUGGAGGUAGCGAAUUCUAUUUUGUCAGAGGAAGCAGUAUUGGCUUUUGAGUACGGUAUGGCGUACGACAACCCAGAAAAUCUUUAUAUAUGGGAAGCUCAAUUUGGAGAUUUUUAUAACGGUGCUCAAAUCAUUGUCGACGCUUUUAUUGCUUCGGGAGAAUCAAAAUGGGUCCGAAGCAACGGUCUCGUGAUGCUUCUACCUCACGGCUACGAUGGUGCCGCAUCUGAACACUCAUCCUGUCGCAUAGAACGGUUCCUCCAGAUGACAGACAGCUCGGAGACGAGCCCCGACUCAGAGGCUGUGUGUAUGCACGUAGUUAAUCCGACUACACCUGCGCAGUAUUUCCACUUAUUGAGACGACAGGUAGUAAGGAACUACCGCAAGCCCCUCGUUGUGGUGGCUCCGAAAAUUUUACUGCGAUCCUCAGACGCGGUCAGCCCACUUUCUGACCUCGCUCCGGGAACAUUCUUCAAACCUGUGAUUGGUGAUUCCAUAGCAGAUCCAUUACGCGUGAGACGCGUCAUAUUAGUCAGUGGCAAACAUUAUUACGAACUACACAAAGAAAGGGUGAAGAACAAGAUAGAUGACGUUGCAAUUAUCAGAGUCGAGUCACUCUGUCCUUUCCCGGUUCACGCACUACAGACGGAACUUGAUCGAUACAGCAAUGCUAGAAAAUUUAUUUGGAGUCAAGAGGAACAUCGAAAUAUGGGAGCGUGGACGUUUAUCAAACCCCGCUUUGAAAACAUGUUAGGAAGAAAGAUAAUAUACUCUGGCCGAUCCAUAGCGGCUACUCCCGCGGUGGGUACAUCAGUGCUUCAUCGAGUUGAAGUUGAACACAUUUUACGAGAACCAUUGUAUGACCUGAAGUGA